AUGGAGCUCUCUGCCAGGGCGACUACAAGGCCGUGCUGCCCAGGAAAGGAGGGAAAGCAACCGGACGCUGCUCCCUCCCGUGCAAGCACUGCUCUGGCACCGAGGCGAGAGGCAGCAGCCGCCGAGAAAACUUUAUUCCCUCCCCGAGGCCCGUCCUCCGGGUGGGCGCAGGGCAGGCGGCACCCCGGUACGUGGAAGGGGGCCGGCACGAGGAGAGGAAAAAAGCUGGAGUUUUUCGGGGAAGAAGCAAGAGGAAAUCGUGACUUUUGGAGUGGGAAUCCUUUCUCGGCGUGGGCCACGGAGUUCGACGAGGUGAGGAACUCGCCUACAUCUUUGCUGCACUGGAAGGUGCAUCUAGCUGACUCCUGUCUUCUCUUGGCUCUAGAAGAGGAACAGCAAAGACAUUGUAACAGAGCUGAAUAUUUUCUAGGUUACCUAACCAAACUUCUGCAAAAUCAUACUGCCUACGCCUGCGAUGGGGAACAUUUGAGUCUGCACUGUCCUCGACAUUCAACAAUAAGUGUUCAGUCAGCAUUUUACGGGCAAGACUACCACAUGUGUAGUACUCGGGAGCCUGAAACCAGGAUGGCAGAACCCAUAAACUGUGUGGCACCCACCUCUUUGCAGAAAGUACUGGAUGAAUGCCAAAACCUGAGAUCCUGCCAACUCCUUGUCAAUAGUCGGGUUUUUGGACCUGAUCUGUGUCCAGGGACCACUAAAUUCCUCCUUGUCUCCUUUAAAUGCAAACCUACUGAAUACAAAACCAAAUCAGCAUGUGAAAACCAGGAACUGAAACUCCACUGUCAGGAGUCCAAGUUCCUUAUCAUCUACUCUGCCACCUAUGGCAGAUGGGCACAUGAGGAGAACGUCUGCUCGACAGAAGUGGAGCGCGUCCCCCCCUUUGACUGUUUGUCUUACACGGCGCUAGAAGUUUUAUCAAAAAGGUGUUACGGGAAACAGAGAUGCAAAAUCGUUGUCACUAGCCGGGAUUUUGGAAGUCCGUGCCUGCCUGGAGUUACAAAAUACCUUAAUGUCAGCUACGCAUGUGUUCCUAAAUUUAUCCUCACGGCUGUCAACCCCCUGGUCACCGACAGCAAGUCUUCCAUCAAACAGAACAAUGGUGUCGACCUUGAUCCAAAGGAAUCAAGACUUCCAAAGAAAGAUGGAAUUCUUGUUAGCAACUCCUUGGCUACAUUUGCCUACAUUAGAG